GGGGCAGGCAGGAAGAGCAGAGCUCUCACUUCUCAGAGCAAGCAAGCAACCAAACCAACUGCAGAGCCUAGCAACUUCAGGCUCAGGGGAUGGGCAACAGCCUGCGGUGCUGCCUGGCCUGCGUGCUCCCCUGCGGCUCCUUCGACGUGAUCCGGAUCGUCCACCUCAGCGGCCACAUCGAGGAGUACACCCGCCCGGUCACCGCCGGCGAGGUCAUCGCGGCGCACCCUAACCACGUCCUGAGCAGGCCGUGCUCCCAGGGCGGCGCGCGGCGGAUCCUGAUCGUCGCCCCGGACUCGGAGCUCAAGCGAGGGUACUUCUACUUCCUCGUGCCGGCCUCGUCGGUGCCGGAGAAGAAGAGGAGGCCGCGGCAGCCGCAGCCUCAGCCGCAGCAGAAAAAGGCGCAGUCGCAGAAGACGACCGCGCCGCCGAGCGCUGCUGUUGCUAAGGAGGCCAAGGACAGUGGUGACAGGUACCUGGCGGAGGUGCUGUCGGAGGGCAAGGCCAGCCUCAGGCGCCGCCGGAGCAGCCGUUCCACGGUGUGGCGGCCACACUUGCAAAGCAUCCUGGAAGAGACUGCUAAUGACUUGUGAGAUCUCACAUGUCUUCAUACUUUCAGCUCACGUAGCUGUUUCUGUUUCCUCCUCUCUAUCCUGUGUAAAUAGCUAUGGACGUAAUGGUCAUGGUGGUACAUGAUGGUGUGCACCAUGUACUUCUGAUCCUUGAGUUUUAGCUGAGAGGCAGCCCCCUUCUGCUUCUCUGAUUUGCUCCUCCUGCUAGAUUUUUCGCUCUCACUGCUCCCGGUUCAAGUUUUUGAAGCCGAUGAGAGUUACCGAAUAGGCUGCGAAGGAGAAACAGGGAUCAAGAUUGGAUACUCUUCAUGUACGCUUAUUGAAAUGGAACGUGUUUCUUGAUCUUGAAUCUUCAGUACAGACAUCCAUGGGAUGCAAGACGAGUUAUUCGUGAAUCUGUAAAUAGACUUAAUUUUUGAUUAAGCCUAUUUACAGGUUUGUGGACAACCCACCUUGCAUCCUACAUCCAUGUUAUGUGUUUGUUCAUCAGCCAUGAAUUGUCCAGCUACUGCAUUUCCUCACAUCACGAUUACUGGAAGUCUGGAACUGUCCAGUAACUGGUCACUGUAGGUUUUUUUCCCUAUGUUGUGCCAAAACUGGACUUCUAUAAUCAUCCAAAACCCGG